GUUUCUGCGUUCUUGUUGAAUACACGCGUUUUUCCCAGCAGUCGGAUGAAUUCAACCCAAAGCCCAAUGAUUCUGUGAGCUAAAUCUGCAGCCCAGCGUUUGCUUGGCAACAAUUUAAUCCAAUGGCCUCAAAUAGGGUACUUAUCGUUUAGGUGAAUUUUAGCGACACGCGUUACUGCUCUAAAUAUUUAGUUAAUUUAAUUAUGGAGGAAGUGGAGACAGCAGACGAGCUGUUAGCCAAGCAGCAUCGCAAUGAAAAGAAAGAUUUGCAAGCAAAAAUACAAAGCAUGAAAAAUGCUGUGCCGAAAAAUGACAAAAAGAGGAGGAAACAGCUGACUGAAGACAUCGCCAAACUAGAGGACGAGCUCAAUCAAAAACACGAGAAUGAGCUCGGACAACUGACAAUUACAUCCUCGGUUGAAGAGGUUUCAAAUGCAUUGGAUUCAGUAAAUUUGACAACUAAAGAGGAAAAAACGGAUGCCAAGAAAACAGGGGCAUCUAAAGCUCAGAAGAGACGGGACAAAAAAGCUGCUCUUGAGAAGGAGCGAGAGACCCGGAUCGCUGAAGCCGAGGUGGAGAAUCUCGCCGGUUCUCGUCAUCUGGAGGGUGUGAAGCUGAAACAGAAGCUGGCAGAGAGGCACCUACAGAUCAAAGAGAUCUCCUCUGAUGGACACUGCAUGUACCGUGCUGUGGAGGAUCAGCUGUUGGUGCGAGGCAGCGCUCUCGGGUUCAAAGAGCUUCGGGCUCAAACAGCUCAGUACAUGGGGAGCCGCGUAGAUGACUUCCUGCCUUUUCUUACUGACCCCAAUACAGGAGACAUGUUCACUACAGAUGAGUUUGAGAAGUACUGCAAUGAUGUUUCAGAGACAGCUGCUUGGGGCGGACAAUUAGAGUUAAAAGCCAUUUCACAAGUCCUUCAGCUGCCAAUCGAAGUCAUCCAGGCAGAAUCUCCCUCUAUAAUUGUUGGUGAAGAAUAUGACAAGCCACCUGUUACACUCAUUUAUAUGCGGCAUGCAUAUGGACUUGGUGAGCACUACAACUCGGUGGAACCCCUCAGAGAUUUAUCAAACGGAGAAGAUGGCUGACCGAAUCCGUGACGCAUGAAUAUAUGCAUCUGUGCUUACUUAGUCUGUAGAAAUGGACCUGGAGUUUGAUUCAGAUUUGCUAGGAGCAGCUAAAUUUGGUUUGUUCACUCGGGAUACUCAUAGAAGGCACUGAAAUAACACAUGGCAGUGACUCUGGUGGCAUUGGACAAGCUAAAUGUAAUAGUCCAUGUUUGCAGUGUUAUUCAUGAUUAUUCUGCAUUCAAUGUGCAUUGUGUUUUUGGAGAACUGCAUAUCAGCUAAAUAAUUUGCUCUGUAUAGUGCUGGAUCGUGUAAGAUGUAACAUGCUGACUUCAUUGUCUGGGAAUAAAGAUAAUAAAUAAUGGAAUAAACUUUUUAUCAAAG